UUAAUCUAACAGUAUGGCUGAUGAAGAAAAUAAAGAAAUUCCCGCUGCAGAGGAAGCCCCACCUGCACCCGCGGAGGAUUCUGCUGAAAAUGCAGAGCCUGCUGCUACAGAUGAACCUGCAGCAGUCACUGAAGAAGCAGAUGCUCCACCAGCAGAAGGAGAGGAGGUAGAAGUCAAAGAAGAAGGGGAAAUACCACAAGAACAGGAGGGUGAGAAAGUUGAUACUCCAGAGGAAGGGGAGGAAAAACCAGCAGAAGUUGCUGAAGCCGCUGCUGAACAGGCUCCUGAAGGUACAGAGGAGGCUGCAGGGGAUGCUGCACCUCAGGAGGAACAAAAACAAGAAGGGGUAGAAGGUGAAGUAGAAAAGCCAGAAACCGAAGUACCACCUGAAGGUGAAGAACCAGUAACAGAAACAAAACCUGAAGAGGAAACAGAAAAAACGGAAACACCUUUGCCUCAAAACGAGGAUUUCGAUGCUGGGGAAAAAGACGAAGCGACGCUUGAUGUUACCGGUGAAGUUUUAUCAAGAGAAGGAAGCCCACAACCCCCUUUGGAAGGACCUGAAGAAAUUAGGCCAGACUCUCCGAAACGAGAGUCCGAGGAGCGAGGCGUCAUCUUUGAAGAAGAAGAAGAGGAGGAAGAAAUCCCGAGAUAUAACAGAGAAGAACUGAUCGAAAGAUACAAUAAAGCUUUACAAGAACGAGAAAUGUUGAAUCAGAAAAAUCACGCUCUACAAAACAAACUAGCGGAAUAUUUUAAACGUAAAAAGACAGAAGACAACCGACAAGAAGUUGAUCGCAAUGUUACAGACCAAGAACAAAGAUACAUGAAAUACAUCAGUAAUUUAGAAGAGCUUAGAAACCAAGAGACAGCAGAAAGAGAGUCGUACGACGAACAAAUAGAGGAAAUGAAAGAACGUAAAGCUGUGAAACAGAAACUAGUCGAACAAGAAUGGAAUGAAUACUCAAAUUUCAAACGUUCUGUUGCUCUUGCUUCUGUAAACAGCCGAAGCGGACGACCUUUGACCCAGAAAGAAUUUGAAAUUUACGAGAUUAAUGAGGUCAAAAAAGAAGCUGAAGUUUCUCAAGUUCGACUUGAGAAUAUAAAGUUGCGGAAUCGAUUACGAAAACGAGAAUUGCAGUUGAAGCAAAAAGAAGAACUAGCUGAAGGAUUACAUCUCAUCGAUUUUGAGCAACUGAAAAUCGAGAACCAAACUUACAAUGAAAAAAUUGAAGAGCGUAAUGAAGAGCUUAUGAAACUCAGAAAGAAGAUAACAAGUACGGUACAAGUUUUGACACAUUUGAAAGAAAAACUACAAUUUGUACAAGGAGAAAACCAGGUAUCCAAACAAGAGCUAGCACAUAUUGAAGCAGAAGUUGCGGGGAAGCGUGACAUACUCUCUCGUACAAAACAAGCGAGGGAUGCAUUACGUCAUGAUAAUUCAAAAUUACAACAAAAAUGUGGUCUGCUUGGAAAUCGACUUCUUCUCCGAGACUAUGAAGAAGGCACAGACGAAAUUGCCGAUCUAAGUCACCGCCUUGAUCAACUAAAGAGAACUCAUGCAGAACUAACGCUUAGUAUUAGCGGUGUUAAAAAGAAGAUCGAACAAGCGAGAGCACAGUCGCAAAAUUAACUUUCGUUUUGAUUUUUUGUCUCCCCGUUUCUCAAUUUUACCGUUUUUCAUCAUUUUCUUCCCCGGCACAGUCCCAAAAAUAACCCUUCAUUUUUGAUUGAUUGUUGUCCCCCUUUCCUCCCUGUCUUUCCAAAAAAUUUUGUUUUUUUAGAAUUUAGGUGUUUUCAAUUGAUCUAUUUUUCAGUGAAUUGAGGUAUUAAAUUUUCUAUUCAUUUACUAAAACAGUGUUUAAUGAAUUUGUGCAGAAUUUGAAACAAUUAAUUUUAUGUACUUCAAUCAAUUACUUAUUGGUUCAAUAUAGCAAAUGUAAAUUUGUUUCACUCAAUUUCACUCUGAUUUUAUUUUAAUUCGAGAAGUAUUUGCUAAUACUAUCCCGGUAAGCAGCAUUUAAAUAAUUUGUAGGAAAUUUCAGAACUAAUUAUAUAGAUCUAAAUUAUUCACCUCCACCUCUGCUUUACCAUUUCAGACUACAACGUUUAAUAUGCUACUGGAUUUUAUGUUGAAAAUAUAUAUUUGAUGAAUUAUAAAA